AUGUUACCUUCUCAAAGAAUUAUUACUGAUAUUCAAGCUAUUGAAAUUGAGUUGGCAGAUAAUUCAGGUAUACCACCUAAAUUGGCACAUGAAUUGAUGAGUCGUCAAGUUGGAGGUAGAGAAAAUCUUGGUUUUACUAAGCAAGAUCAUAAGAAUUAUUUGAGGACUAAGAGGAAAAUAGAUUUGCAGCAAGGUGAAGUUGGGGGUCUUUUGAAUUAUUUUCUUAGUCAAGUAUCAGAAAAUCCAUCAUUCUUUUUUCGAGUUCAAUUGGAUGUUGAAGACCAAAUCACUAACAUAUUCUGGGCUGAUGCUAAAAUGAUUUUCGACUAUGGUAUAUAUGGUGAUGUGGUAUUCUUUGACACAACUUACAGGACCAAUAAAGAGUGUCGACCUUUUGGAGCAUUUGUUGGAGUAAAUCAUCAAUAUCAGCUAGUUGUAUUUGGGGCCUCUUUGUUAUAUGAUGAAACUAGUCAGUCAUUUGAAUGGCUGUUUCAUACAUUUUUUGAGUGUAUGUCCGGUAAAAAGCCAAAGACAAUAUUUAUUGACCGAGAUCCUGCAAUGGCAAAGGCAAUAUCUUUAGUGAUGCUAGAGACUUAUCAUAGAUUGUGCUUAUGGCAUAUUUAUCAAAAUGCGAUUAAAAAUCUUAAUCAUCUAUUUAAGAGCCAAAAAACCUUCAAUGCUGAUUUUAGAAGUUGCAUAUAUGAUGGUGAGUAUGAAGAGGAGUUCAUUAGUGCUUGGGAGAAUAUGUUGGAAAAUAUGAUCUUCAAGAAAAUGAAUGGUUGCAAGAUCUAUUUAAAGUGCGAGAAAAGUAGGCUAUGGUGUAUGGGAGAAAUACAUUUUCUGGUUGUUGAUGAUGUCCGUUAUAAUGAAGUUUGUGCAAACUAUGACAUGAGCCAAAAAAUUCCCACUUUGAAGGUUAAUGUUCCUUUGUUGAAACAUGCCAGAGAUAUCUACACAGGAGCUAUUUUUACUAUGUUCCAAGAUGAGUUCGAAAAGUCAUUGAUGGUGGUUGUUGACAGCCAUAUUUUGAAAGUACUCGAUGAGAUGAAGAUUAAGUUGAUGAUCCCUGAACAAUUCAUAUUGAAGAGAUGGACCAAGAAUGCAAGGGCUGGAACUGUCUUGGAUAUUCAUGAGUGUGAGGUACAAAAUGACCCUAAGCUAGAAAUGCGAGCUCGUUAUAGAAAUUUAUGCACCACUUAUGUUAGAUUGAUGGGUAAAGCUGCUGAAUCUAAAGAGGCAUCUGAUUUCAUUCUAAGUCUUGCAACUCAUGCAGCAAAGUAUUUCCCAAGGCUUGCACUCAAAAAGGAAAGCAAAUACAACAUCACUGUCAUAGUGAUGACUCUAGAGAGGCACAAUGAAGAAACUGCAAGAUUCAAACACAAAGUCUAA